AUGGCUUCCUACAAACGUGUUGACGGCGCUGCACUUGUAACCGGCUCAGGAUCAGGUAUGGGAAGGGCCGUCUCGGUCGUCCUAUCUGUAGCCGGUAUCACCCGCCUCUACCUAACUGAUCUGAAUCGCACGGGUCUCGAGGAAACCAAGUCCACCAUCACAUCGCUUAACCUACCCUCGCCCCCGACCAUAUCCCUCAUACCUGGCGACAUAUCCUCGCCAGCCUUCAUCUCAUCGCUAUUUAGCCAGAUCCCACAGCUCGACUACGCCGUGAACUGCGCUGGCAUCAUGGGUGAAACAGCACUCACUACUGAAGCCACCCUCGAAGGAUUCGACAAGCUUAACGCGGUUAAUUAUCGGGGAUUGUGGAUGUGCGUUAAAGAAGAACUCAAACUGAUGCUCAAAAACGACAUCACACCCUACACCGGUUUCACCUUCUCCCCCUCCGAAAGCCAGCGCCGCGGCCAACGCGGCUCCAUCAUCAACAUCGCCUCUCAACUCGGGCUUGUUGGGAAAACGCAAGCAGCUAUCUACACUGCGACAAAAGCGGCCGUUCUAUCUCUUACGAGGUCAGAUGCUAUCGACUACAGUGGGCCGCCGCAUCAUAUCAGGAUCAACAGUGUGUGCCCUGGGGUGAUUGAGACGCCGUUGACGAUGAACUCAUAUGAGGGGACGGAUGGGUUGGAGAAGGCGGUGGGCUUGACGCCGAUGGGGAGGAUUGGGCUGCCGAGUGAGGUUGCGGACACGGUGGUUUGGCUGUGCUCGGGGGAAAGUAGCUUUGUUACGGGGAGCGGAGUUGUUGUUGAUGGGGGAUAUGUUAUUCAUUAG